CGCCCGGCCGUGCCGCCCCCGCCGCCGCCGCCCCGCUCCCGUCAGCGCCCAGCAGGCCCCGGGCGGGACCCGCAGCCCGCCCCGCGCGCCGAGCCCCUGCCCACGGCAUUCGACACUGUGUACCAAAGAAAUGGUGAUGGAGAAGCCAAGUCCCCUGCUCGUAGGGCGGGAGUUCGUGAGACAGUACUACACUCUUCUAAAUAAAGCUCCUGACUUCUUGCACAGGUUUUAUGGCAGGAACUCUUCUUAUGUCCAUGGAGGACUGGAUGCCAGCGGGAAACCACAAGAAGCAGUGUACGGUCAAGCUGAGAUACACAAGAAAGUGAUGUCACUACAGUUCAGUGAGUGCCACACCAAGAUCCGUCACGUGGAUGCUCACGCUACUCUGAGCGAUGGGGUGGUUGUGCAAGUUAUGGGGGAGCUGUCAAACAACGGGCAGCCGAUGAGGAAGUUCAUGCAGACUUUUGUACUUGCUCCAGAAGGGUCUGUUCCAAACAAGUUCUAUGUACAUAACGAUAUCUUCAGGUACGAAGAUGAAGUAUUUGGAGAUUCAGAAGGAGAACUUGAUGAAGAGUCUGAAGAAGAGGUGGAGGAGGAACAGGAGGAAAGACAACCAUCUCCUGAACCGGUGCAAGAAAAUGCAAGCAGCACUUACUAUGAAAACCACCCUGUAACCAAUGGGAUAGAGGAGGCACUGGAAGAAUCGUCUCAUGAACCUGAGCCAGAAUUGGAAUCUGAAACAAAACCUGAGGAGCUGAAAGCUGAAGCAGAAGAAAAGACCCUCGAGGAGUUAGAAGAGAAGUCUCCUUCUCCACCUCCUGUAGAACCUGUUUCACUACCACAAGAACCACCAAAGGCUUUCUCUUGGGCUUCAGUGACCAGUAAAAACCUGCCUCCUAGUGGUACUGUUUCUUCCUCUGGAAUUCCACCCCAUGUUAAAGCACCAGUCUCACAGCCAAGAGUUGAAACUAAACCUGAAGCUCAGUCUCAGCCUCCUCGUGUACGUGAACAGCGCCCAAGGGAAAGACCAGGUUUUCCGCCCCGAGGACCUCGACCAGGGAGAGGGGACAUGGAGCAGAACGAGUCGGAUAAUCGUCGAAUAAUUCGCUAUCCAGACAGUCACCAGCUCUUUGUUGGGAACUUGCCGCAUGAUAUAGAUGAGAGUGAACUGAAAGAGUUCUUCAUGAGCUUUGGAAAUGUGGUAGAACUUCGCAUAAAUACUAAAGGAGUGGGAGGAAAACUGCCUAAUUUUGGUUUUGUGGUAUUUGAUGACUCUGAGCCGGUCCAGAGAAUUUUGGUUGCAAAACCUAUUAUGUUCCGGGGUGAGGUGCGCUUGAACGUAGAAGAGAAAAAAACAAGAGCUGCUCGUGAAAGAGAGACCAGAGGCGGAGGCGAUGAUCGUAGGGAUAUUCGGCGCAAUGAUAGAGGCCCUGGGGGUCCCCGUGGAAUAGUGGGUGGUGGCAUGAUGCGAGACCGGGACGGAAGAGGACCCCCGCCGAGAGGUGGCAUGGCACAGAAACUCGGCUCUGGACGAGGAACCGGGCAAAUGGAAGGCCGCUUCACAGGACAGCGUCGCUGAAAUCUCCACUGUGGGCAGACAGUCUUGGCAGUGGUACAUUAUCCAUCGUGUUUGCAUUCUUGUUAAUUUUUUUUGGCUUUGGAAUGUGACACAGCCCUUCUGAUCAUUUCUUUGAUGUGAAAGCAUCCUUUGGUUUCCGGUUUAAAUUAAGGUGGACGUUCUUUCCCCAGUUUCACAACAGAAGUCACACUGUUAAUUUAUAAAUGUAGACUUGGAGAAUUGAGGACUGGAAAAUUAAAAAAAAAAAAAAAAAAAAAAAAA